AGUAAUGCCCACACUUGGAAAUAUGCCUUUCACAUUCCAACCUUCAAACCUACAUGUUGCCCGCCGUCUCACGAUCGCUUCUUCCAGGAAGAAGUGAACAGCUAGCCACUUCUUUCUAUAAAUACCCACCACACACGCCCCCAAUUGAAACACACAAAUCCUCAGCUCAGAUCCUACAUACCAAUCAGUCGUUCUCAUAUAUACAAUUUCUUCCAUAGACAAUAUGGCUGCGUUCCAGCACUUCGGCCAUAAUGAGCAUCUCCCUUUGCUUCGACGCUCUGCACUCAUUUUCUGCCUGCUCAUAGGAAUAGUUGCUUGCGUCGUGGCCGAUCAUGGUAGCUCACUGAGCGUGGGCUACUACAGGCACAGCUGCCCAUCAGCAGAGGCAGUGGUGCAGAGGACAGUAGCGAAGGCCGUUGCCCGUAAUCCAGGAAUGGCUGCUGGAUUGAUCCGGAUGCAUUUCCACGACUGCUUUGUUAGGGGUUGCGAUGGUUCUGUUCUCCUCGACUCCACUACUGGGAACAAGGCUGAGAAAGACUCGCUUGCAAACAACCCCAGCCUCCGCGGGUUCGAGAUCAUUGAUGAGGCCAAAGCCGUGUUGGAAUCAGAAUGCCCUCAACUGGUGUCCUGCGCCGACGUUCUUGCCUUUGCUGCUCGGGAUGCCGUUCACAUGACCGGCGGUUUCUACUACUCUGUACCUGCCGGACGGCGUGACGGACGUGUAUCUAAGGAGUCUGAGGUGCUCGAUAACCUGCCCUUACCAACCUCUAAUGUGGACGAACUGGAAGAGAAGUUUGCUGCCAAGGGGCUUUCUCUUGAAGACAUGGUCACUUUAUCUGGUGCACACACCUUGGGUGUGUCUCACUGCUCAUCGUUUUCCGAUCGGCUUUAUGGCUUCAACAACUCGACCGGUGCUGCCGACCCAUCCAUGGACCCCAAGUAUGUGCGCUACCUGAGGACAAAGUGCCCGGAUCCGGAGUCGUCGACCCAGGAUGCAACGGUGGCUUUGGACCCAGUGACACCAAAUAGGCUGGACAACAAGUAUUACGUGAACCUCAAGUACCAGCGAGGGCUGCUCACAUCGGACCAAGCACUGACAGAAAGGGCAGACACGGCCAGGAUGGUGGACCAAAACGUGAACCAAGGUUCAGUGUGGGCUCACAAGUUCUCCGCAGCGAUGGUGCGGAUGGGCUCGAUAGAGGUGCUGACUGGAUCUCGAGGGGAGAUCAGGAAGUCUUGCAGGGUGGUAAAUUAA